GCAAUGGACGUCCCCAAGUUCGACGACCUGCCCCCCGUCCAAGGCAUGCCGAAAGGUUGCGCAUGGGGCGUCUUCGACAGAGACGGCAAUAAGGACGUCUUCGGCACCCUGAACCACCUCACUCCGGACGUUGUCAAAGCAGCAGCAGCCGAAGUCAAAGACGGCGUGUCCAUCUCCCUCGACUGGCCGCUCGACGCAAUGGAUCAUCUCCCCAUGCUGCGCCGCAAACUCACCCACACCGUCUACCUCGCCGGCGGAGGCGAACCCCGCUCAGCCUACUGGGACGACGAACUCAGCUUCAACACCCAAGGAAGCAGCCAAUGGGACUCCCUCGUCCACUGGCCCUACCAGCCCACCGGCCAGGUCUACAACGGCGCCCGACCGACAGCCGAAUCCCUGAGCCUGAGCACGGGCGAGCGCAAGCCGAACCCGCUGCCGACUCUGGAGCACUGGCACCGGCGCGGCGGCCUGGUGGGGCGCGGGGUGCUGAUCGAUUUCAAGACGUACGCCGAUGAGAAGGGUAUCUCCUUCGACCCGCUGGGCUUGUAUCGCAUCUCCGUCGAGGAGAUCGAGGCCGUGGCGGCGCAUCAGGGCGUGGAGUUCCGUCCCGGGGACGUGUUCCUCCUGCGCACGGGGGCGACGGAGGCAUUGGAUCACCAGGGGCGCUUUUCCAUGGAGAAGAUGGCUGAUUUGAAGCUGCCUGGGGUGCAUGGGGACGAGGCGGCGGCGAGGUGGUUCUGGGAUCGGAGGUUCUCGGCUGUUGCUUGCGAUACGGGGGGGUUCGAGGCUUACCCUCCGUUGAAAGACGAUGGAACGGCCGGUAUGCUGCCACUAGUCCUCCAUAAGUACUUCCUCGCCUUCUUCGGGAUGCCGAUUGGGGAGUACUGGGACCUGACCAACUUGGCCCGCUAUUGCAAGCAGACAGGCCGGUAUAGCUUCAUGUUGACUUCACAGCCGUUGAAUGUGCCGGGCUUGGUUGGAUCGCCGCCAAAUGCACUGGCCAUUUUCUGAUGGGAGGUUUGAGCAAAGGUUGAGAUGGCAUGCUGCUGGAGUUCUUCGUCAAGUAUAGGCAUUCUGCAUUUUAUUGCUUCUCCCUGUGCUAAUUCAGGGGCUGAAGGCCAGCACGACUCACCAGACGUCGAUUUCAGCACAACAGGCUCCCAUACCACCAUCAGGUUUCAUAGGCACGAAAUAAAGCGCGCUAUUGUCCCUGCGAAGCGUGAGAGGCAGUUGGAUCUUGAUUCACGAGUUGAUCUUCACCCGCAUUCGAGAGGCGGCAUUUGGAGAUGAGCAUCCGGGGUGCAUAUACCGUAAGAGGAUGGUGGCGGGAUGAUCACCGUUGCUCAGCCUCAACUCUGGUGUACUGUUGACGGAAACCGUUGAUCUGGUCUGGAUUGUCUGCGGGGUUUGUCGUGCAUUUUGCGAGAAAAUGGUAUUUCAGCGCAAAAUAUGUAGUCUUCGGUCUGAGAAGACAACA